AUGGAGUCACAGAUUAACAAUCCAAAUCCUAACCCUAAUCAUCGGAAUUCGCUACGGUCAUCGAUGCCGGUAUGGCCGACGAUCGAUGGGUCGUUGGGGUUAUCGGAGGAAGAAUCGGUGAGCUACGCGCGGAGGUUCUACCAGUUCGGCUUCGCUCUUCUCCCUCUCCUUUGGGCCGUCAAUUGCUUCUACUUCUGGCCCGUUCUUCGUCAUUCUCACUCCUUCCCUCGCAUUCGCCCAUAUGUUGUUGGAUCAGCAGUUGGGUUUGCAGUAUUUGCAACACUUAUCUCUUCUUGGGCUCUAACAUUUGCCAUUGGAGGGGAACGCCUCUUCGGACCUGUUUGGGAUCAAUUGGUUAUGUACAAUCUUGCUGAUAGGUUAGGCCUGACAAGCUGGAGCUAG